UGAAGAUGGAAGGCCCAUUUUCAUAAUGGUUGGGUUAAAUCCCUAGACAAAACAAAACAGUUUAUCAGUCCUCACUCAGAAAAUUGGGAGAUUGGAAAAAGAGAAACAAAGAAGAGAAAGAAUGGCUUGGAUAUGGUUGGAAGCAGCACUUCCCCUCGGAAUCAUAGCUGGAAUGCUCUGCGUUAUGGGCAAUGCUCAGUAUUUCAUCCACAAAGCUUAUCACGGCCGGCCCAAGCACAUUGGGAACGAUAUGUGGGACGUCGCCAUGGAAAGAAGGGAUAAGAAGCUCUUCGAGAACCUCUCUUCCUCUGAUUGAUCCCUUUUUAGUUUUCUUCUGUGUAGGAAACUUGGUCGAUGUUGUGAGAGAAGAAAUAAAAAGUGCUCUAUGAUAUUCUGUAAUGCUGAAGAAGACUAAAGAGCAGAUGAACUCGAGUAUUUUCUUUUUCAUGGUAAUGUUAAGCAUGAACUUCUGAAAUGUUGCACUUUUGACACACUUUCUAAUGUUUACGCUGGUGGUGUAUUGGAGAUUUGUUGCUUCCAAAUUCCUUGUGAUCUUUCUAUUUGCAGGUCUAUGAAUUAUUUUGGAUUAAA